AUGGCCAAGAACACGACCGCCACAAAUGCGCGCCGUCAGACCCCACCAUCAGCAGCUUCUUCAACGCCAAGCCCAUCAGCAUCCGAUGACUGUGUCGAGGUGGCCGCUCCAACUAGGACCUUCUCACCAGCUUCAAAGGCUAGAAGUGUGACUCAACGUCCGAGCGUAGUCAGGAGCGUAGAGAGCAAGGAGAUCGAGGAAAUCGAGGACGACGAGGACGACGAGGAUGAAGUAAUGGAARAGUCAACCACGAAUGCUAGCGUCAGCAGAAAGCGUGCAGGCUCGAGCUUGGUGAAGGGUAGCGCGAAGAAGACAAAGAGUGCUGUGAGUUUUGAAAAGCAGAAGCCGUCUGGAAAAGGAGAGGCGUACGAUGAUCUCGUAUAUCGAGCGAAUACGAUGGCAAGGGGGCUGAAGGAGGAAAUCAAACAGCAGAAGUCGGACUUGAGCGUCUUGGAAGAUGAGCGAGACGAAGCACUCGUGCAAGUGUCGUCUUUGCGAAAGAAACUCAAGGCCGAGCAGGAACUCCGAGAAACGCAGGAUGCAAAGCAGGCCGCCGACAUCAAAACCUCCGUGAAGGAAAUGAAAGUCCAGUUGAGAGCUGAGUGGGACAAGAAGAACAAAGUCGCCAGCGACACCAAGGAUCGGAAGCACAAGGAAGAAAUAGCCCGAUUCAAGCUCAAGACGAACGAGGCUCAAGCGGCAAUGAAGGUCGCAAAGGCCGAUGCAAAGGAAUCCAAGCCGGAGCAUUCCAAAGCUMUACAGGCAAAGGACAAGAAGAUCGAAGGCCUGAUGGAGAAGGAGAUAACACUAUCAGGCGUCUCGGACAAGCUGAAGGACGACAAGGCAAAGCUGCAGGCUGACAAGGAACGUCUUGCAAAGGCCCUUGAGGAUCUGUCCGACGAGAUUUUGAAGCUCGAGUACGAUGUGGCGAAGUUGAAAAGGGAAGUGAAGAAGGAGCAAGGUGUGAGCGCGUCUCACAUCGACAACAUUAUCGGGAUGAAGAAAAGCUUCAGCGAGGAGAAGAAGGUGCUCAAUGAGAAGUGGCAGAUCCAAUACAACAACUCACAGGACAACGCACGCCGUGCCAGCGACAUCCAACGCUCGAUAUCGACGACCACGCGUGCGCUCAAUGAGUCCAUCUUGAAGCGUGAUGAGCUGGACACCAAGCUGAAGAAGGCGAAUGCCGAUAUCAGCAUGCUUCGGAAGAAUGGUCCGAAGGAGGACAAGUCUGGCCAGCUCAAGGAGAAACAGAGCGGCGCUUCCAAGGUCAUUCUCUGA